AUGAGUAAUAACUCUAGUAAACAAUCGGGAGAAGGAUAUAGUCGAAGAAGUCAUGAUAUUGACUACGAUGAUUUAGAUGGUGACAAAUUCCCCCAAGAGGUAGAGGAGCAGCCAAAACAAGAGCCAUCAAGUAAAGAACAUACUACCAAUUCCACUAGCAAUGAGACCUAUUUGUCGCAACAUAACAGUGAAAAUGACAACAACAGCAACUACAACAACAACAACAACAACAACUACAACAACAACUACAACAACAACUACAACAACAACUACAAGUACAACAACAACAACAACAACAACAACAAUAGUAAUAAUAAUAAAAAUAAAUACUGUAGAAAUAGCAAUGGAAAUAAUGCACACCAUCGUCAGCCACAGUCCCGAAAUUCUCAAAUUUAUCGAAAACGACUGCGAGCGAGCUAUGAGGAACAAUUGCAAUUGGAAAUUGAGGAGCUAGAAUCUCGAUAUGAUUUACGACCGGCCGAUCAAUCGAGACUAGAGCAGUUGCAAGCUCAACUCGAAGCUACUUAUAGUAGACAAAGUUCGGGAUAUAGUUUACCGGAAGUGGCGCAAUCAAAAUCAGAUUUACUUCAUGGGCGAGGAAAUAGUCAGCGUAAUCAACUUGAUCAACACCAGCAACACCAGCAACAAACUUAUCGAACUGAAAACUGGGAGGCUGAACAGUUUAAUCGUGCCCAACUACUCAAUUUGCAAACGGACGACAAGAUCCACAUAAACAAUGAUAAGCAAUACGAGUACGUUUUUGACGAGUCACAGUUUGUCAACUACGAGGAAGAUGAGGAGCUUUCUGGCGACGAAAGGGAAGAACAACAACAACAACAACAACAACAACAACAACAACAACAACAACAACAACAACCAGAAGAAGAAGAGGAAGAUGAAGCGGAAAGAAAAAAACAGUUUCAACGGAGCUUGGAAGCCAAAGAAAUUGCAGAUGUGCAGCAUAGUCUUCCGGUGUACAAGUUUAGGGAUGAGUUUUUACGGCUCAUUUCGGAGAACCAAGUAUUGAUUGUGGUUGGUGAAACAGGGUCAGGAAAGACAACUCAGUUGCCUCAAUAUCUAUACCAGGCCGGCUAUUCUCAGAAUGACACCAAGAUUAUUGGGUGUACUCAACCUCGAAGAGUUGCUGCAACGUCAGUUGCUCAAAGAGUAGCACAAGAGAUGCAGGAGCCUUUAGGGGAGAAAGUUGGAUAUACUGUUCGUUUUGACGACAAGUCUAGUCGAAAUACCAGGAUCAAGUAUUUAACAGAUGGUAUGUUGUUGAGAGAGUUUUUAAACAACCCUGAGAUGGACUCGUACGGUGCAAUAAUGAUUGAUGAGGCGCACGAGAGAACUUUAUCAACCGAGAUUUUGCUUAGUUUGUUGAAAGACCUUACCAAUAGCACGCGGAGUGACUUGAAAAUCAUAAUUGCCAGUGCCACGAUUAAUGCCACCAAGUUUUCCGAGUUUUUCAAUAAUGCGCCCAUAUUGAAUAUACCGGGACGGAGGUUUCCUGUCAAGAUUCAUUAUACAAAGCAGCCGGAGGCAAACUACCUUCAGGCUGUGAUGACUACCAUUUUCCAAAUACAUUUAACUCAGCCUUUGCCAGGCGAUAUUUUGGUGUUUCUCACGGGGCAAGAAGAGAUUGAGAGCUUGGAGCAGCAGAUGCAAGAAGCAAUAGCCAAAUUGGGUGACCAGUUGAAAGAGCAGGGCAAGAUUAUGGUUUGUAGCAUAUAUGCAAACUUGCCGAAUGAGCAGCAGCAGAGGAUAUUUGAGCCCACGCCACCAUUUACGAGAAAGUUGGUUUUGGCUACGAAUAUUGCUGAGACGUCCAUUACUAUACCUGGGGUAUCGUAUGUAAUUGAUCCUGGGUAUGUCAAGCAAACGGAGUUUAAUCCGCAUACUGGGAUGGAAAGUCUUUUGGUUGUGCCGUGCUCCAAGGCUAAUUGUGAUCAACGUGCUGGAAGAGCUGGUAGAAUUGGGCCUGGUAAGUGUUUUCGAAUUUUUACAAAGCAUUCUUUUGAUCAUGAAAUGGAGAUGAAUACAAAGCCUGAGAUUGAGAGGAUCAACUUGAAUUCGGUGGUUCUUUUGUUGUUGUCACUUGGGAUCAAUGAUUUAAUCAAAUUUCCAUUUUUGGAUCCGCCUAAUAGGCAGAGUAUAAUCAAGUCUUUGAGUUUGUUGUAUCAAUUGGGUGGGUUAAAUUCGCGAGGUGAGUUGACAAGGACGGGGAUGAAGAUGAGUGAGUUUCCUCUAGAUCCUACAUAUGCAAAGUGUAUAUUGUCAAGUGAGAGGUUUGGUAUUACAAAGGAGAUUUGUAUAAUUAUUGCAAUGUUGACAGAGUCGUCUAACUUGUACUAUAUACCCAAGAAAUUGGACAAGGAGAUGGUGAAGAAGAGACAUGAGCAGUUUGUUGAUAAGCAAGGAGAUCAUUUGACCUUGUUGAAUGUGUACAAGCAAUGGGCUGGUACGGGUGGGUAUUCUAACCAGUGGUGUCAAGAUUAUUUUAUCCAAUACAAGACAAUGAAGAGAGUACGUGAUAUAUAUAAGCAGUUGAUUGGCAUUUGUCUGAAAGUAGGAAUUACAGUGAGAGAAGAACAAAAAGAAGAACAAGAAGAAGGAGAAAAAAGAAAGGAACGAGACGAUGGAGAUGUGAUGGCGCAAUUGGUUCAAAAGUGUUUGAUUACUGGUUUUAUCAAUAAUAUAGUUAAGCUAUCGCCUAUGGGAGACUGCUAUGAGAGAAUCAGUAUUGCCAAGAAAAAGGAAAAGAAUAACAAUAACAAUAACAAUGGCAGUGGCAGUGGCAGUGGCAGUGGCAGUAGCAGUGGCAGUAGCAGUAGCAGUAGCAGUAGCAGUAGCAGUAGCAGUAACCACAAUACUGCUAAUAAGGCCAAUGUUCCAUGUUAUAUCCAUCCCUCAUCGUCACUAUUCAAAAGAAAAAACCCUAAACCAAGGUAUUUGAUGUAUUAUGAGUUGGUGUUGACGAGUAAGGAGUAUAUGAGGAAUUGUCUAAUAUUGGAUGAAAAGUUGAUUAGAGAAUAUCAACAUUAA